AUGUUUUUCUUUACUGUUGCUUGCCUUUUGGUGGAGAGUGCCUUCGCACUUGACGUUAGAUCCUUUGAAUACUAUGGAAAGGGACAAUACAAAAGAGAUGUCAGUGCGACUGGGUCUCCUCCUUAUCCUACUUCGUCGUUCCCGGCCAACCCGCAACCCACAGGAGGUGCUUGUGCCGGUUACUGGCUAGAAAACAAAAAGCAUCAAGGCCUCGCAAGUUUCAAUACCAACGCGGGCUCCGGCGAGAACGGUACAUAUCAAGUUUUCAGAAAUGUCAAAGAUUUCGGUGCUGUAGGAGAUGGACAGACCGACGAUACUGCAGCAAUCCAGCGUGCCAUCAGCGAGGGGGGCCGGUGUGCCCCGGGUGUUUGCGAAUCGUCCACUACUACUCCAGCUGUUGUAUACUUCCCUGCCGGGACUUACUUGAUUUCUUCUUCUAUUAUAGAUUACUAUUAUACACAGAUAAUUGGAAACCCGAAUUGCUUGCCCACCCUAUUGGCAACACCCGAUUUCAACAUUUCCUCUGGAUUGGGUUUGAUUGAUGGCUCCCCAUACCAGGGCUCGGGCCCAAGAGCUGGCAGAACAGGAUUUGGACCGACGAAUACCUUCUUUCGCCAGAUACGAAAUCUUAUCUUCGAUAUGACACAGAUCCCCGCAAACGUCUCCGCUACUGGACUUCACUGGCCUACCGCCCAGACUACAAGCUUACAAAAUUUGGUGUUCAAUAUGAACUCUGCGAAUAGAACUCAGCAUCAGGGAGUGUUCAUUGAAGAGGGCUCUGGAGGCUUCAUGACCGAUCUGGUAUUUAAUGGAGGUCUAUACGGAUUCAAUGUUGGCAAUCAGCAAUUCACAACACGCAACUUGACUUUCAAUGGCUGCGAUACUGCCGUCAAUCAACUUUGGGACUGGGGCUGGACAUACAAGAGUGUUUCUAUCAACAAUUGCCGAGUUGGAUUUAACAUCUCCGCCGGAGGACCUUCGGCUGUCAACGUUGGAUCUCUCACUCUGUUCGACAGCUCCAUUAAGAAUACCCAGGUAGGUAUCGUCACCUCCAGGACCGCCGAUUCAGAGCCCGCAGGGGCUGGAAGCGUUUACCUCGAAAACGUGGAGCUCGAAAAUGUUGCAUCCGCUGUACUUGGUGUCAACGGCACCGUAUUAGCAGGAUCAUCAGGUGCAAUAGUCAUUCCAGCUUGGGCCGAUGGCCACCGUUACCUCCCCAACGGUCCCUCUGAAGUCCGUGGCACCAUUGAUCCUAGCAAGAGACCUGGCAGCUUGUUGGACGCUGAAGGAAAAUACUUUGAGAAGUCAAAGCCGCAGUACGGAGAGGUGCCAUUAGAUCAAUUCCUAAGUGUACGAGAUUUGGGCGCUAAAGGCGACGGUACUACGGACGACACAGAAGCUCUCAACGCCGCUGUUUUGCAGGCAGAAAGGUCGAAGAAGAUACUUUUCAUCGAUGCUGGUUACUACCGUGUGACUGACACUAUUUACAUUCCGCCUGGAUCCAGGAUUGUCGGCGAGGCUCUUGCUUCCGUGAUCUUUGCUGCUUCUCCAAGUUUCAAUGACAUCGAAAAUCCCCGCGCUGUGGUCAAGGUAGCUCAGCCUGGCGAACAAGGCUCUGUUGAGCUAUCAGACUUGUUUGUCAGCACCAAAGGCCAACAGGCCGGUGCUAUUCUUAUUGAAUAUAACUUAGCCUCGUACGGCGAGGUCGCAGGUCUAUGGGAUGUUCAUACAAGAAUCGGCGGCUUCGCGGGCUCUGAUCUGCAGACUGAACAAUGCCCAACCACUCCAAAUGUUACCAUCACAGCAGACAAUCUGGUGCAAGAAUGUAUCGCUGCAUACAUGUCGAUGCAUGUUACCAAGUUUGGUACUGGCUUGUACAUGGAGAACAACUGGCUCUGGGUCGCUGACCAUGAUCUGGACGAUGCACGAAACAACAACACACAAAUUACCAUCUACGCCGGAAGAGGGUUGCUAAUUGAGAGCAUACGAGGAGUACUGUGGCUGUAUGGCACUGCCGUCGAACAUCAUGUCAAGUACGAGUACCAAUUCGUCGACACCCGGGACAUUUUCAUGGGUCAAAUCCAGACGGAAACAGCAUAUUACCAACCGAACCCCGAUGCUACGAUUCCCUUCCCUGAAGACGUCGCACGCUUUGAUCCUGUCUUCAGCCCAGCGAACGGCACCAACAAUGCCGAUGGUUGGGGUCUUCGCAUUCUCCGCAGCUCCAACAUUCUCGGCUAUGGUGUUGGCCUGUAUUCGUUCUUCAACAACUAUUCAACAGCUUGUUCCCAAGUGGGCGCCGGAGCGACUUGUCAAACCAGGAUCUUCAGUGUCGAGGGCAAUGAGCAUUCGCACGACAUCUCGAUUUAUAACUUGAACACUGUCGGAGCUACAGACAUGAUCACAAGGGAUGGAGUUGAUAUUGCCAGUAAUGUGGAUAACAAUUCGACAUUCGUGGAUACUAUCAAUGUCUUUAGAAUAAGUGAUAGGUAA